AUGUACGUUUUACUGGUCACUAGAAGACAACUUGAAAAAGUAAAAACCAACAUAUAUACUCAGAAACAAGAACCUCCUAAAAAGGUGAUGAUGACCAAACGGACCAAAGACAUGGGCAAGUUCAGUUCUGUCACAGUCUCCACAAUUGAUGAAGAGGAGGAAGAGAUUGAAGCGAGGGAGAUUGCAGACUCGUAUGCACAGAAUGCAAAAGUGAUUGAGAAGCAGCUGGAACGCAAAGGCAUGAGCAAGAAAAGGCUACAAGAGUUGGCUGAGUUGGAAGCCAAGAAGGCCAAGAUGAAGGGAACCCUGAUUGAUAACCAGUUCAAAUGAAAUGCUGUGUAUCUGCUGGGUAUUCGGAGACAGGAGAAAACUACCAAGAGCUAUUGCAGUUCUGUCAACAAAGCAGAAGUGACAAUGUUCAAGAGUUGCACUGUGCUGCAGCCAGCUUGGAGGAUGAGAACCUCUCUGUAUCGCUCUGGGUGUCAGUUUUAACUCCAGUGGUACUGGAGACUUUGCUCAAACUGCAGUUUUCUGCGGACCCAGUGUUAUGAGCAGGCUGUCCAGGCAGAAUAUUUACUUUCAAGGAAAUCUUUGCUGGGUGCCUUCCCAACUUCACCUUUAGAUACCUGUCUUUUUAUUUUGUAGUUUUCAAGUGUGUUUCUUUGAAUACAUGAGAAUGACAGGUAACUGUACAAAAAAGAAAUCCUUACAAAAGAAUUUCUGUGCCUGUUGUUCAUUUUGUUAUUUUGAAUGUGUCCAAAAGGUGCAGCAGCCUGAGCCAUGCCAUUCCAAUAGAGUCUGGAACGACUGGAAUGCCCGGCUUGGGCAUGGUGCUGCUGUUCACCCUGACCUCCCAGAGGCAGUCAGCACAGACUGGGCUGCAGCACUGCACUCUCAGCUCCUGCUGAACAUCACAAGGCAGUUGUACGGAAUUACACUGUCAUAACAGACGCAUACAAGAACAUAAAAUCCAAGCCUGUUUAAACUACUGUAAAUAAAAACUACUAAUGAGUUCAAA